AUGGCGGGGGUGCUUGGAACAGUGGGAGCCUUUGCCGCGGGCCUGCUAUCUUUGUUCGGUCAGCAAGCGUUGGAUCCAAGCGACUACACAACCCGCACACAUCACCUCCUUCAAACAACGCCACUCAUCGACGGACACAACGACCUGCCAUAUCUUCUCCGCCUUGAGAUCAAAAACAAGAUCUACGACGGCCGCUUCACCUUUGAUGACCAUCUUGCGAGUCACACUGACCUGCAGCGGCUGAAACAAGGUCAUGUUGGUGGCCAAUUCUGGUCCGUGUUCGUGGAAUGCCCUUCUACAACACACUUAGACGACCACACGCACUCCGUUCGUGACACGUUUGAGCAGAUUGACGUGACGAAACGCAUGAUUGACGCCUAUCCGGACUUACAUUACUGCGAAACGUCUUCCUGUGUAUUACCUGCCUUUAAAAAGGGCAAUCUCCCAUCGAUGCUUGGCGCCGAAGGCUUGCAUCAAGCGGGCUCAUCUAUCGCCGUCAUCCGCCAGUUGUUUGAGGCUGGAGUCCGGUACAUCACAGUUACACAUAAUUGCGACAAUCCAUUCUCGACGGCAGCGUCAACUGUGACGGAAACGGGGCAAGAUGCAGGCUUGAGCGACUUUGGUGCUGCGGCUAUCCGGGAGAUGAAUCGGUUGGGCAUGAUGGUUGAUCUGUCACAUACUUCGCACGAUGCGAUGCGACAAGUUCUGAAUGUGACGAGAUCGCCAGUGAUGUUCAGUCACAGUACAUGCUAUGGUCUGGCCAAGAACUAUCGAAAUGCACCGGACGAUGUGAUUGCAGGCCUGAAAGAAAAUGGAGGUGUUUUAAUGGUGAUGUUUGUGAAGAGGUUUCUCAAUGCCACCGACCCAGAGUCAGCAGACAUUGAGACUGUUGUUGAUCAUAUAAUGCAUGUGGUUGGCCUCUCAGGGUGGGAUCACGUUGGGAUCGGCGGCGACUUCGAUGGGACCAUGACCCUCGCAAAUGGCAUCUCGUCAGUUGCAGAUUACCCAAAGUUGAUUGAGGCUGUGAUGAGACGGGGAGCUACGGAUGAACAGAUCAUGAAGCUGAUGGGCGAAAACAUUUUGAGAGUAUGGAGAGAAAAUGAGCAAGUCGCGAAGGGUUUGCAACGCGAGCUACCAGCUGAGGACGUUUGGGAGGGUAGAAGUUGGUCUCGAUGGAACAAUCCACUUCCUAUCAUGAUCCCUGGAAAUGCGGAGCGAAUUGCAGCAAAAGAUUAUCCAUAG